ACGCCGCUCUAUGAUUGCGAGGAGGCCCGGCCGGGGACAGCUGCGGCUUUUUGUCCCGACGCGGGCGGGAGCGCGCAGGGCGCGUGCGCACGCGGAGGUGUCGGGCUUCUCACGGACCGUGCGAGGUGCGGUGCGGAGAGGCUAGGCGGCUGCGGACCCACGGAGCGGCAGACCGAGCGGCCCCUGCGGCCCGCGGCGGCCAGGCGGCCCGAGAUGUUGUCUGGGAAGAAGGCGGCGGCGGCGGCGGCGGCAGCGGCGGCAGCGGCGGCGGCUGGGACGGAGGCCGGGCCCGGGGCGGCGGGCGGCGCCGAGAACGGCUCUGAGGUGGCCGCGCCAACCGCGGGCCUGGCGGGCCCCACCGACGUCGCCACGGGGCCGGCGGGCGAGCGCACUCCUCGAAAGAAGGAGCCUCCGCGGGCCUCGCCUCCCGGGGGCCUGGCCGAGCCUCCCGGGUCCACCGGGCCUCAGGCGGGGCCCACGGCCGGGCCCGGCUCCGCGACGCCCAUGGAGACGGGGAUAGCCGAGACCCCGGAGGGCCGGCGGACCAGCAGGCGCAAGCGGGCGAAGGUAGAAUACAGAGAAAUGGAUGAAAGCUUGGCCAACCUCUCAGAAGAUGAAUAUUAUUCAGAAGAAGAGAGAAAUGCCAAAGCAGAGAAGGAAAAGAAGCUUCCCCCACCACCUCCUCAAGCCCCACCUGAGGAAGAAAAUGAAAGUGAGCCAGAAGAGCCAUCUGGGCAAGCAGGAGGACUUCAAGACGACAGUUCUGGAGGGUAUGGAGACGGCCAAGCAUCAGGUGUGGAAGGUGCAGCUUUUCAAAGCCGUCUUCCCCAUGACCGGAUGACCUCUCAGGAAGCAGCCUGUUUCCCAGACAUCAUCAGUGGGCCUCAGCAGACACAGAAGGUUUUUCUGUUCAUCAGGAACCGCACAUUGCAGUUAUGGUUGGACAACCCAAAGAUUCAGCUGACAUUUGAGGCUGCUCUCCAACAGUUGGAAGCCCCUUACAACAGUGACACUGUGCUUGUCCAUCGAGUUCACAGUUACUUAGAGCGCCAUGGUCUUAUCAAUUUUGGCAUCUAUAAGAGGAUAAAACCCUUACCAACUAAAAAGACAGGAAAGGUGAUUAUUAUAGGUUCAGGUGUUUCUGGCUUGGCAGCAGCUCGACAGCUACAGAGUUUUGGGAUGGAUGUCACACUUCUGGAAGCCAGGGAUCGUGUAGGUGGACGGGUUGCUACAUUUCGAAAAGGAAACUAUGUAGCUGAUCUUGGAGCCAUGGUAGUAACAGGUCUUGGAGGAAAUCCCAUGGCUGUUGUCAGCAAACAAGUAAACAUGGAACUGGCCAAGAUCAAGCAAAAAUGCCCACUUUAUGAAGCUAAUGGACAAGCUGUUCCAAAAGAGAAAGAUGAAAUGGUAGAACAAGAAUUUAACCGAUUGUUAGAAGCCACCUCUUACCUUAGUCAUCAGCUAGAUUUCAACGUCCUCAAUAAUAAACCUGUAUCCCUUGGCCAGGCAUUGGAAGUUGUCAUUCAGCUACAAGAAAAGCAUGUCAAAGAUGAGCAGAUUGAACACUGGAAGAAGAUCGUGAAAACUCAGGAGGAGUUGAAAGAGCUUCUUAAUAAGAUGGUAAAUUUGAAGGAGAAAAUUAAAGAGCUCCAUCAGCAAUACAAAGAAGCAUCAGAAGUGAAGCCACCCAGAGAUAUCACAGCUGAGUUCUUAGUGAAGAGCAAGCACAGGGACCUGACUGCCCUCUGCAAGGAAUAUGAUGAAUUAGCUGAAACACAAGGAAAGCUAGAGGAAAAACUUCAAGAAUUGGAAGCAAAUCCCCCAAGUGAUGUAUAUCUGUCAUCAAGAGACAGACAGAUACUUGACUGGCAUUUUGCAAAUCUUGAAUUUGCCAAUGCCACACCUCUCUCUACCCUCUCUCUUAAACAUUGGGAUCAGGAUGAUGACUUUGAGUUUACUGGCAGUCACCUGACAGUAAGGAAUGGCUACUCAUGUGUGCCUGUGGCUUUAGCUGAAGGCUUGGACAUUAAACUGAACACAGCAGUGCGGCAGGUUCGCUACACAGCCUCAGGAUGCGAAGUGAUUGCUGUGAAUACACGCUCCACAAGUCAAACCUUUAUUUAUAAGUGUGAUGCGGUUCUCUGCACCCUUCCCCUGGGAGUGUUGAAGCAGCAGCCACCAGCUGUUCAGUUUGUGCCACCUCUUCCUGAGUGGAAAACAUCUGCAGUCCAGAGGAUGGGAUUCGGCAACCUUAACAAGGUGGUGCUGUGUUUUGACCGGGUGUUCUGGGAUCCAAGUGUCAAUCUGUUUGGACAUGUUGGCAGUACGACUGCUAGCAGGGGCGAGCUCUUCCUCUUCUGGAACCUAUAUAAAGCUCCAAUACUAUUGGCCCUGGUGGCAGGAGAAGCUGCUGGCAUCAUGGAGAACAUUAGUGAUGAUGUGAUUGUCGGCCGGUGCCUGGCCAUUCUCAAAGGGAUUUUUGGUAGCAGUGCAGUGCCACAGCCCAAGGAGACUGUGGUGUCCCGAUGGCGUGCUGAUCCCUGGGCCCGGGGCUCCUAUUCCUAUGUGGCUGCAGGAUCUUCUGGAAAUGACUAUGACUUAAUGGCUCAGCCAAUCACUCCUGGCCCCUCAAUUCCAGGUGCCCCACAGCCAAUCCCACGACUUUUCUUCGCUGGAGAACAUACAAUCCGGAACUACCCAGCUACAGUCCAUGGUGCUCUGUUGAGUGGGCUUCGAGAAGCAGGAAGGAUUGCAGACCAGUUUUUGGGAGCCAUGUACACUCUGCCUCGUCAGGCCACAUCAGGUGUCCCUGCACAGCAGUCUCCAAGUAUAUGAGACAAAUGGUUCAGAAAGGAGGCCCAGUGGACAUGUAAUCUGCCAUGUAAGCAAGCUCUUCUAGCAAUACUCCAUCCUAUUGAGGACCUCUGUCAUCAGCUGCAGGACUCCUAGUUUGGACAGCAGAGGCUGGCUCCUUUGGCUGACAGCACAGAGAGGAACUUGCCCAUUAAUUUGGAAUUAUGUCUCCAUAAAGACUGAGACAAGCAAGUGCUGUGAGAUAACCUUAGUCUAUUGGUGUUUGGCUUUUUUUUUUUUUUUAAUAUAUUUUGAGAAUAAAACUUUCAAAUAAUUUUACGUGAAGAUUUAUUUUU